AGAAGAGUUAUGAGAAACCGAUAAAGAAAGAGAGAGAGAGAGAGAGAGGGAACAACAGCUGAUGCAGAUCUGGAGAACUGGUCAACUGUACUGCACCAGCAGAUGCUGCAGAAAAUAAAAUAUAGAGGAGAAAAGAAGAAGAAAUAUGAAAAGAUGGAGAGAAAUUGCUGAAAUGCUGCUGGUCAUAUAGACAACAUCCAUAACUGGGGUGGCUUUCUCCACAAGCAGCAGCAUUGAACUUGGACUUGAACUACUUGAGCUGUAAAGGUCUGGAGAUGCGGGUCAUUGUGGGUGUGGUGUGUCUGUGCCAGUGUGUAAUUGGUCAGCUGCUGGAGGCCAAGGCAAAGGGAUCUCAACCUCGCUUUAUCUGCAGCAUCCCAGGACUGGCAGGGCCACCAGGGAAGCCAGGUUCUCCCGGGCCCUCAGGGGCCGACGGCCAUGUCGGAAUUCCAGGAAGAGAUGGCAGGGAUGGGAGGAAGGGAGAAAAAGGAGAGAAGGGAGAUACAGGCAUUAAAGGAAGAGUGGGGCCAACGGGUAAACUCGGCGAGCGUGGAGAGAGAGGACCCAUAGGGAAGCGAGGUCCGGAGGGUGAUGCUGGAGACUCAGGACCCCCGGGACCACCAGGGUCACCAGGAGAGCGAGGAAAGAAGGGUCAACGGGGACCACGGGGCACCCCAGGCACGUGCCUCUGUGGCAGCCUGGUGCCCAAAUCAGCCUUUUCUGUGGGCAUCACCAGCAGCUACCCAGCUGAGCAGUCACCAAUCAAAUUCAACAAGGUCCUUUUCGAUGAAGGUGGGCACUACAACCCGCAGACUGGCAAAUUCAUCUGCGCAUACCCAGGAGUCUACUACUUCUCCUAUGACAUCACACUAGCUGAUAAGCACCUGGCCAUCGGCCUAGUGCGGAAUGGAGAGUUCCGUAUAAAGACUUUUGAUGCCAACACCGGGAACCAUGACGUGGCUUCUGGAUCCACAGUGAUGUACCUCAACCCAGAGGAUGAAGUGUGGCUAGAGAUCUUUUAUAAGGAUCAGAACGGUCUGUUUACUGAUCCUGGAUGGGCGGACAGUCUCUUUUCAGGGUUUUUGCUCUAUGCAGAUACUAAUUACCUAGAUACAUUGUCAGAGGAUUACACUUAGACGUAAAUAAUGAAGCAUUCAUUAGAGAGAUGUUUCUCAACCCUGGGCUUGGAAGAUCACUGCCCUUCACUUUAUAGUGUUUACUCUGCUUCCAGCACACCUGAUACAACUAAUUAGCUCAUUAAAAGUGUAAGGAUUGGCCCCUGGUCAGGGCCCCCUCCAGCCACCAGAGGGGGGCCUCGAGUAACACCGUCACUUGGGUCUGUUUACUAUCUGAUUCAGAGGGCUCACUUACUAGAGCGAGCCCAACCACUACAAAAAGCCUAAGACUUAUUCAGUAAAACAGUGGAAAAACACUAAACUGUUCCGGGCAAUGUACCUUUAGGACCAGGGCUGAAAAACACUUCCAUGCACAGAAUUAGGCUUUUCCCAACUAUAUCUUGCCACAGUGUAUGUAAUUUAUAGUAAAUUGUGACAGACAAGUGUCUGUACCAUUAUUUUUCCAUGUCCCAAAAGGAUUUACAAGUGUUUACAGUAAUAAUUUUAGACUAAGGAUAAGCUUAAUGUGGUGUUAGCAGACCUGGACCCAUGUAACACAACAUGUACCAAGUUGGAGUUUCUAGUCUUACAGUUAUUUAGCCCAGAAACACUGUGUAUAUGCAAUGCAUUUUCUUGUUCAGUACAGUGUCAUGGUCUAGUAUGUGGUGCUUUUAUAUAUAUUUCUUAAGAUAAGGUAACUAAUGUACAAUUUAAUUAUGAAAAUAUUAUAUAAUGUCUACAUUACUGUAAUUGAAUCUGAUGGUGGAACAUAUAUUUUGUAUUUAUUGUAACAGUUGUAUCAACACAUUGGUACAUAAGAUACUUUUGUAAAUAUAUAUAUAUAUAUUUAUACAUUAUACAUAUAUAAUACAGUCUAUAAAAACUUUGUACAGUCUAUAAAAAAAUUACAUUGUUUUUACUGCUCUGUUCAUUGGAUCUGAAACCGAACAAUGUUUAGUCCCUUGAAUGCAGUUUUGACAGUUUUCAGAUAGUACUGUUCCGGAGGCUUAGGAUGCAGGGCUGAGUCUUGGCUGUGUGAACUGUGAUGUAUUAGCUUGCAUCAUUAGCUUAUUCAUAAGAGUCCUAAAGUCUAGGUGUCACAUCAUUUGAAGUCUCAUCAUUUGUUUUUCUUUUCUGCAAAGAAAAAGUGUAAAUGUCAGUAACACAGUCUGUCAUGAGGAUAAACCAACUACAGAGAUACACACAUUACGGAGGAGUUAAUAAAUAACCAUUUUAAGUGUGUAGAUAUAAUA